AUGAGUCACCGGAGAGAUUCCGGCAGCGAUGCAGUUCACGUGAUACCCACCAACGACCCUCCGCCGGAGAUUCGGAAACUGAAUCCCGGCGAUAAUUCCGUCUGGGCCACUGAGGAUGAUUACAACCGUGUCAGGGCUACGAAGCUCUGCUGCAAAUUCCGCGCCGGUACUUGUCCGUACGUCGCUAACUUAUGCCAUUUUGCUCACAGCGCGGAGGAGCUCCGUCGUCCGCCGUCGGGUGAGUCACGGGAGGAGUUUAAGAUCCCGGCGGAGAGUGGAAGAUCGUACAAGGGAAGACAUUGCAAGAAGUUUUACAGUGGAGAAGGAUGUCCUUACGGAGAAAGCUGUACGUUUCUACACGACGAUGCUUCAAGAAACAGAGAAAGCUUUGCGAUUAGUUUAGGGCCUCGUGGUUAUGGUGCUGAUGUUGCUCAGAUUGUGAAGCCUCCAAAUUGGAAGACAAGGAUUUGCAACAAGUGGGAGAUUACUGGGUAUUGUCCUUUUGGUGCUAACUGCCAUUUUGCUCAUGGUGCUUCAGAGUUGCAUAGAUUUGGUGGGGGACUCGAAGGAGAAGAUAAUAAGAUUGGAACAUCUACCACUUCGGUCACAAAGCAAACAGGACAAGCAGAGACAGUGACUAACCUUGUUUCUCCUGGAGUCCUGUCUCAACGGACAUCUAGUGCCGUUACGCAGAAACCCAACGGGGUCAGAACUCAACGGAAAUGGAAAGGACCGGAUAAAAUCAGUCGGGUUUAUGGUGAUUGGAUCGACGAUAUUGAAUAA